GGUUUCGCCUGCAGAGAGUUGGGCGACUCAUGCAGACAAACAUCGGCUGAGUCCCGUUCAUUCUGGCAUGAUUAAAUCGCACACAUUUACCGCAUCUACAGAGUGAGAGUGCUCGUGAAGCCAUGUGGAUUACCCCGGAGGAGGUGUUACUGGCCAACGCGCUGUGGGUGAGCGAGCGGGCCAAUCCGUUUUUCAUCCUGCAGCGGAGGAAGGGACACGGGCGCGGAGGAGGCAUCACGGGUUUGCUGGUGGGUACGUUGGAUGUGGUGCUGGAUUCGAGUGCUCGCGUGGCUCCGUACAGGAUCCUGCACCAGACGGGAGAGUCACAGAUCUUCUGGAAUAUUGCUUGUGGUCCGUAUUUAAUACUUUUAAGUAUUUUUUGGGAGUAUCUGUCGAUCAACCCACUCCAGACUCUGUCCAUCUUUGACAACGACGAUGACAUUACCACCUUCGUCAAGGGCAAAAUACAGGGCAUCAUUGCUGAAGAGAAUAAAAGUGGCAAACCUCAGGAAGACGAGGAUCCUGGGAAGUUCCGUGAAGCCGAGCUGAAGAUGCGUAAGUUGUUUGGAAUGCCGGAGGAAGAGAAGCUGGUGAACUAUUACCCCUGCAGCUACUGGAAGGGCAGAGUCCCGCGGCAGGGCUGGAUCUACCUGUCUGUAAAUCACCUCUGCUUCUACUCCUUUCUGCUGGGAAAAGAGGUUUCGCUGGUGGUGCAGUGGACGGACGUCACGCAGUUGGACAAGAAUGCCACGCUGGUUUUCCCCGAGAGCAUCCGCGUGAGCACACGUGACACCGAGCACUUCUUCUCCAUGUUCCUCAACAUCAACGAGACCUUCAAACUGAUGGAGCAGCUGGCCAACAUCGCCAUGAGACAGCUGCUGGACAACGAGAGCUUCUCCGCCGAUCGCUCGCUCCCCAAACCCUGCAAGACCCUGAAAAACGUCUCUGCACUCAAGAGGGACUUGGACGCACGUGCAAAGAAUGAGCGGUACAGAGCGCUAUUCCGGCUCACACAGGACGAGCGUUUGGAUGGACACACCGACUGUACGCUAUGGACGCCGUUCGCUAAGAUGCAUGUCGUCGGCCAAAUGUUUGUUUCUAAUAACUACAUCUGCUUUGCCAGUCGAGAGGAAGAUCUGUGUCAACUUAUCAUUCCACUGAGAGAGGUGACUAUAGUGGAGAAAGCGGACAGCAGCAGUGUUUUGCCGAGUCCACUGUCGAUCAGCACUAAAAACAAGAUGACCUUCCUGUUUGCCAACCUCAAAGACCGUGACUUCCUGGUACAGCGCAUCUCUGACUUCCUGCAGCGCACGCCUGAGAGGCCAUGUGGCCUGAUCACGCAAUCUGAGAAUCCCAGCCCGAGUACGCCACCCUCUCUGCCCCCGUCUCCUCCUGUCCUGGGGCUCGGAGAGAUGCCCCAAAACCAACACUACAGCCCCAAUCUGGCCACUGCCAAGAAGGGCCUACUGCAAAUCUACCAGCAGGACGUCCCGGAGGAGCUGGGGCCCAAAGCGACGAGAGAGAAGAUGAAAGAGGAAUCAUGGAACAUCCAUUUCUUUGAGUUUGGCCGCGGAGUGUGUAUGUACCGCACAUCUAAGAGCAGAGAGCUGGUUCUGAACGGGAUACCAGAGAGUUUGAGAGGAGAACUGUGGCUGCUGUUCUCAGGUGCUCAGAAUGAGAUGGCUACACACCCGGGUUACUAUGGCAGUUUGGUUGAGCAGGCGAUGGGUAAAUGUACUCUAGCGACGGAGGAGAUUGAGAGAGACCUGCACCGCUCCAUGCCUGAACAUCAUGCCUUCCAGAACGAGAUGGGCAUCGCUGCCCUGAGACGCGUCCUGACCGCCUACGCUUGCAGAAACCCCAGCAUCGGAUACUGCCAGGUUUGUGCUCUGAUAUCUGUUUCUCGGUCCUGCAGAUAUUUGGAUAAUGUUGUAAAUAAGCAGACCGUUUCUCCACCCAUUCCCCACCUUCAUGCCCUGUUGACCAGUGGCAACAACCCUCCGCCUGAGAUUGAUGUCUUUGAGCUCAUUAAAGCGUCCUAUGAGAAGUUUGGAAGCCUGCGUGCCGAUGUCAUAGAGCAGAUGAGGUUCAAACAAAGGUUAAAGGUCAUACAGUCACUAGAAGACACAGCCAAGAGGAGUGUGGUGAGAGCGAUCAUGACAGAGUCCGCUUUCAGUAUUGAGGAGUUGGAAGAAUUGUAUGUUCUUUUUAAGUCAGAUCCUCCCUUCCUGUCUCAUCUGGACUUCCUGGCACAGGAAGUGACCUCAGGUGAGGGGCUGAAGGAGGCAGGAGACGCAUCAGCGGCCGGAGACACAGAUGAGAGAAAAGAGGAGAAGCCGAAGGACUAUAAGUACUAUCUGAGAAUGUGGGCCAAAGAAAAAGAGCCAAAGAAGGAGAGUAUCAAAGAUCUGCCUCGGAUGAAUCAGGAGCAGUUCAUUGAGAUGUGUAAGACUCUCUACAACAUGUUCAGUGAAGAUCCCAUGGAGCAGGAGCUAUAUCACGGCAUCGCCACGGUGGCGAGUCUCCUGCUGCGCAUCGGAGAAGUGGGCAAGAAAUUCACCAACAAUGGCAGCCAGAAAACCGAAGUCCAGCUGCCCUCAGCAGUCGACGCUCUGCAGCCGGAGAGGGAGGAUUCGUCCGGGGAGGGAGGAUCAGGACAGUCCUUGGUCUCCAAGGCCCUGGCGGAGGCGCAGCUGGAGACGCCACCUGCAACAGCGGCCGGCUCUGACGAAGAGGCCAAAGACGACACGUCCGUUUCGUCCUACUCUGUAGUGAGUGCUGGUUCACUGCAGUGCGAAGACAUCGCCGAUGACACGGUGCUGAUUGGCUGCGCAAGCGGAGACAUGGUGGAUCGGAGGCGGGGCAGUGUGCCAGAUGCCGAUUGGUCGAUCACCUUUGAGCAGGUUUUAGCAUCGUUCCUGACGGAAACAUCGCUGGUCGACUACUUUGAGAAAAAACAUGACAUCCAGAGCAAAAUAACGGCAUGCAAGUCACUGAGAGCCGUGGAAAGACAGACAAGUACGUCAAGCGAUCACGAUUUCUCUCUGAACACACACUGACAUGCUCAUAAAAACAUGCAUGAACACAAACACACAAAUGCAAAACAAGAAUAUGUGUAUGUAUGUCCGGUUAUUAUCUAUAGGAGUUUGAUACUUCUGUGUCAUAGUCAAACAAAUAGUGUUUAAUUCUAUACCUGUAACCUCUGGAGUUUAGAUGUAAUAACCACGUUUCACUCUAGCAUAGGGGUUUUGAUGGGUUGAAUGCGUCAACUAGCAGGUCUGGAAUAGAGGAUUAUGGGAUAUGGCAUGCUUCGGCUCAUACAGAUCAAAGAAUGAAACAUCAAACUAAAAAUAUUUGAUUUGCACACUGAAAUAUCCCACAAUACAGUGUACAUCACUAAUGCUUUCUUGCACAUGUGCUAUAGCUGGAUAUAUUCUGUGUAUUCGGGAGUAAGAAGUGUCCUUUCGGUGAAGAAUCCAACUCAUAGCUCUGCUCAGAUUCACUUCAACCCCUCAGAUGGAAACAGUCUCUUAGCUUUGGUUCAAAGCCAUGUUUCUGUGUGUUAAAAAUCAGCUUUACCGUUUUUAAGUAGGUCAUUGCCUUACUGAAGUGAACAGAUGCAUCAUUUGUUCGAAGACAGCGUUGCAUGUGUUUGUUGUGGUGUUUUGCGAGGAUAGCGCCAUAGUUAUAUUCUGUCAGAUGUUUGGUCGCCAGAAGCUACACAAGUGGUACAGCGCUGGCUUAUCUUAGUCAUUCAAACCAUAAUGAGAGAUGCAGUCAAAAAUGUAGCCGAUUAAUUUAGCACAAUAAUGGCCUUUACCACAUAAAGCAGGAAUUUUUGUUCUCUUUUAUUCUCCAAAAAUGUUUUUUUGCUGUCAGGCCAGAAUAAGCAUGUACAAUCACUGGGCUUCGUUCAUGAAACUCAAGCAGAGCGAAUUUGGCAUUUGUACAUGAAUUGUCACAUUGAGAUAAAUGAAACAUUCAUAAAAUGGAUUGAAUGCACAAUGCAAACAACAUUUGUAAAUGCUUGUAAGUUGAGGCACUGAAUUAAAAUGAAGCAUUCAAGAAUUCACUAAACUGUUGAAUUAAUCAUGUAAAUUAUUGAAUUUAAUUUAGUGCAUCAAUUUACUGUUUUAUAAAUCUUUUUAGGCAUUGUGUGUUAAAUUAAAAGAAAACAUUCAGUAUGCAUUAAAUUGUUGCAUUGAAUAAAAAAUUCAUAUGAAAUUUUAUUUACUUAAUAAUUGAAUUGAUACAUUUGAAUUUAGAUAAACCAUUCUUAUAAAUAAUAGCAUUCAAUUAAUAAAACAAAUACGUUUGCAUAUUUUUAUGUAAAUUUAUGCACUGAAUUAAAAUUCAAGAAAUCAUGUAAACCGUUGAAUUGAAUCAUGUAAAUUAUUAAAUUUAAUUCAGUGCAUCAAUUUGCAUUAAUUUACUGUUUUGCAAAUGUUUUAUGCAUCGCGUGCUGAAUUCAAUGAAAACAGCCAGCAUGCAUUAAAUUGUGUGAAAUUAUAUUUACAAAAAUGUAUGUUUGAAUUUAGUUAAACCAUUCUUAUGAGUCAUUAUAUAAGUCAUAGCUUUAAAUUAAUUUUCAAAAAUUCUUAGAUUAUUAUUUUUUUUCUCUGUAAAAUCAUUGAAGGUUAAAAAUGUUUGCUUGCGUUUUAUAAACGAGGCCCUGUUAUGUUAAUUUUGGAAUGCAGUAAAAGUAAAAUUUUCGUUUCUUGAUCGCUAUGCUUUAUAUCAAAUGAAGAUGGAGAAAAAAUGGAGAGAACUUUUAGUCUGGAGAAACGCUCAGGCAUAACAUGAUGUUCUAGAACGUUUAAAAAACAAAUUCUAAGCAUGUACAUUGAGAGGAAACUAGAACCUGUUGUUUAAGGACAGGCUUGGCCUUUUCAUCCUGAUCUUUAAUCACAUGACUGAAUGAGUCUGGACGCUUGCAUGUAAUCAGAUGUAGUUGAGCUUCUAAACCUGUAAAUAGUUGCAUAUCACAUUAUUAUAGCAGAAGUUUUAUCGUGCAAUGAUCGUUCUGGUUUGUUUUGUCAUGUAUCGCUCUGCUUUUGUUUGUCCCGUCACCUGUAAUUGGUUUCUAUUCUAUAUUUGUGAUUUUUAACAGUUGCUUUUGUACUAAGUAAAUUAGCUUUAAAUUAAGCCUGUUCAGGCUUUAAAAAAAUCCUGAAGGAUUUCAGUAUUAAUUUUCAGUUGUUUAAAGAGCUUUAAAACAGGAUUUAAAUGGGGCAGAAUUCAGAAGACAUUUGGACCAGUACAAAUGAGAAAUUUUAAAUCACUGAUGCAUUAAAAUAUAUAAAAAUGUUUUUAAAAUUGCUCACAUUGAUUUAAAGCAUCAGUUCAUCUCCGCUAUGAAAUGCACUUUUGUCAUUUGAAUGUGAAUGAAUCUCCUGCUCCUGCCACAUGACCUCUGUCGAACUGUGAAAAUAACUGACUUCACCUCACUGUGAUUCUAAUUAACUGUUAAUUCAUGCACAAACUAACACCGUUUCCACUUUCAUCCUGCAUUUCGCAAAAGGAGUGAAUCUGUCCUUGUUAUUCUCUUGCUGGAGAGUUCCAAUUUCUGUAGGCUUCUGUCUGUGACCUGCAGUUACUUAUUGUCAUGAAAGCAGUAUUGUGUAAUAUUAUGUAAUAAAAAUCAAGUUAUGGAAAA